CCCCCAGGCAGCCCCUCGGCCCCGCGAUCCCCGGCCUCGCUGUCGCCUCCCCAGCGCCUGGACCCUGGAGUCCUCGGCACAGACAUGGCCUCUCCGCUCACCACGGCGGUGCUGCCCCCCCAGCCCACCGCCCCGGGGGGCCCCGGCUUCCUCACCACCCCCCCGGGCUCCACCGCCGCCCCCCUUCGCCUGCUGCCCUCUCCCGCAGGGGGUGACGAGGGGGGCCAUGUUGCCAUGACAACCUAUGUCCCCGAGGGCGAUGAGGAAACCACGACAACGCUCAUCACUACGACGACCAUCACCACGGUGCACGUGCCCGUACUUUGCAAUAACAACAUCUCGGAGGUGGAGGGCUACGUGGAGUCCCCGGAUUUCGCGGGGGCUGCGUUCUACGGGGGGCUGGACUGUAGCUACAGCAUCCGGGUCUACAUGGGCUACGGGGUCGAGGUGCAGGUGCAGACGCUGAACCUGUCCAAGGACGACUCCCUCACCGUGGAGGGGCUAGGGGGCGAGACGUCGGCCAUCCUGGCCAACCAGUCCCUGAUGGUGGAGGGUCAGGUGAUCCGCAGCCCGACCAAUCAGGUGCUGAUCCACUUCCAGAGUGACCACGCCACCACCCCCAGCGUCUUCAAGUUCCACUACCAGGCCUUUCUGCUGAGCUGCGGCUUCCCCAGCCGGCCGGAGAACGGGGACGUGAGCGUCACCGACCUGCACCCGGGCGGCGCCGCCACCUUUAAGUGCGAGCUGGGCUUCCGCCUGCGGGGGGAGGAGACCCUGAUCUGCCUCAACGUCAGCCGCCCCCGCUGGAGCGGCGCCAGCCCCAGCUGUGUGGCGGCCUGCGGGGGGGCCGUGCAGAACGCCUCCCACGGGCGCAUCGUGGCCCCCGAGGGGCUGGGCGGGCGCGGCGCCAACCUGACCUGCCACUGGCUCCUGGAGGCGCCGGACGGGCAGCGGCUCCACCUGCACUUCGAGCGCCUGGCGCUGGACGAGGACAACGACCGCCCCCGCCCCCCGCUGUGUGGGGGGGAGCUGUCAGACCCUGCCGGCGUGGUGCUCUCCCCCGACUGGCCCCAGAGCUAUGGCAAAGGCCAGGACUGUGUCUGGAAUAUCCGGGUGCAGGAGGAGAAGCGGGUCCUGCUGGACGUUGAAAUCUUAAACAUCCGGAAGAGUGACGUGCUGACAGUGCUGGACGGCGAGGACCUGACGGGCCGGGUGCUGGGGCAGUACAUGGGCGCCCACCCCCGCUUCCGCCUCUACACCUCGGCCAGCGCCGCCACCCUGCAGUUCCAGUCGGACCCCAGCGACCCCCUCUUCGGCCUCAGCCAGGGCUUCCUCAUCCGCUUCUCUGAGGUGCCCCGGAACGACACAUGCCCGGAGCUGCCAGAAGUGGAGUUUGGCUGGCGCACGGCCUCGCACGCGGCUGCCAUCCGGGGCACGGUGCUCACCUAUCAGUGCGAACCGGGCUACGACAUCGUGGGCUCCGACAUCCUCACCUGCCAGUGGGACCUGGCCUGGAGCAACAGCCCCCCCACCUGCCAGAAGAGUGAGCGGGUCGGGAGUGAGGGGCAGCGUCGAGGGCUCUGCUCUCUUGCAGUGAAGUACGAGCCGUGUCUGAACCCCGGCGUGCCCGAGAACGGCUACCAGACGCUCUACAAGCACCACUACCAGGCGGGCGAGUCGCUGCGUUUCUUCUGCUACGAGGGCUUCGAGCUCAUCGGGGAGGUGACCAUCACCUGCGUCCCAGGGCACCCGUCCCAGUGGACCAGCCAGCCGCCCCUCUGCAAAGUGGCGUAUGACGAGUUACUGGACGACCGGAAGCUAGAAGGUCAUUUAAAUUACAGGCACAAGGGGCUCAGUAGGUGGCGCCGUGGGGCAGGGGUGCUCAAUACCGGGUGCUGGGGGCAGGGAGACACCAGGGAAUACGAAGUGUCCAUCUGA